GGCAGAGAGAAGGAUGACAAACUGUGGACUUCUACAGAGGAGCAGAUCAGACCGAGUCAGAUGGAGAGAGACAUAUAGGCAUCAAUAGAAUGAAAGAUGUGGCAAAGCAGAAAGAGGUUUAAAUUGAUUUCUUUUGACUUUUGAAAAGAAUAUUACCACAUUAUCCAGCCUUCCUAAUUCAGCUUGAGUUACUGAAUACAGUUCUGAGAAAUUCACAGGAGAGUAACCUCUGACAGGCCCAUACUGGGAGGGGUAAAACAGGUGUUGUCUUACUGAGAGAGAGAGAGAGAAGAGGAAGAGAAAGAGAGAGCGUGCCAUUGUUGCAAGGAUGUUCAUGAUUAUUCGAGAGGGAUCAGCAGGAGGGGCAGGUAGUACCGGCGGCAUGAGCGCUCCACCGGAGAGAACAGCGAAACAGGUCCAAGCCGCAAUCAAGAAGAAGGUGGAGAAACAGAAGAAGCAAGUUGAAAUGGGUGUGGUGGAGGCAUUCAACAACAAUGCAAAACCUAAAAUGGGACAGCGAAAGAAUCAGCCCAUCCUUCCUCCCAGCAGAGGUGGAGAUGGCGAGGAGGACGUAGAAGAGGAGGCCGCAGAGACUGAGGAAUCGAAGGAGAAGGUGGAACUCGACCUCGUACCUAUCGUUGAGUCUGUGUUUGGCCAAGACAGGGAACUGCGGCCAGAGGAGAUAGAAGAACUAAGAGAAGCCUUUAAAGAGUUUGAUAGGAAUAAAGGAUACAUCAACUGCAGGGACCUGGGCGAAUGCAUGCGGACGAUGGGAUACAUGCCGACAGAGAUGGAACUCAUUGAACUGAGUCAGCAAAUAAGUGGGGGUAAAAUCGACUUUGAGGACUUUGUGGAGCUCAUGGGCCCCAAAAUGCUGGCAGAGACAGCAGACAUGAUCGGAGUCAAGGAGCUGAGAGAUGCCUUUAAAGAGUUUGACUCCAAUGGUGAUGGGCAAAUCAGCGUCACUGAACUAAGAGAAGCCAUGAAAAAGCUGAUGGGAGAACAGCUGAAACCCAGUGAUAUUGACGCUAUCCUUCGUGAUGCCGACCUCAACGGGGACGGACUGGUUGACUUUGAAGAGUUUGUGAGGAUGAUGUCACGUUGACGGAAGCCAUACAGAAAUUUUACAGACUUUAUUUUCGUUAUUAGUCGAUUGGAUCCCCAGUGGAUGAGAGUUUUAAAAACGUUUGUGAUGCAGAUCUUAGUAGCCUAUGGUUGAAGUGGAAAAAGCCACAAAUCACCCGGUUCAGAUGGAUUAACGAGUAAUUUCUAUUUUUGGGAGUAUAUUAAAGACCUUGUUGUUCAUAGAAAUAUCUGAAUCCCGCAUUCUUCCAACUACUAUGAAACAAGGGAUUCUUCUCAUCCCAAAACCUGGGAAAAAUCCGAAAUUAAUAGACAACCUUAGACCCAUAACCCUGCUUAAUAAUGACCAAAAAAAGUUUGAAGCCAACUUCAAUUUUAUCUGGAAAAGAAAAGCACACUACAUUAGAAAAGGAAUCUUGGUUAAGGAGGGCUAAAAGCAAUAGACAUUGAAUGUAUUAAAGGUACUGUAAAAAAAACGAAUUUUAAAAAACUGAAAGUAGUUUUUGGUUUCAUAUCCCCAUGCAGUCAAAUCUUUAUGAAAUUAGGAGGUGUCAAUGUUCUCCUUAGAUGUGAUUAUGACCUUAAGAUACUCCCUGUUAAGUUAUCAGUGUUUCAUCAACAGGUUUUACUUGACUGAAAUUAUGCUUGUAAAUCAUUUUCCAGUACUCACAACAUUGCUUUGUGGAACUAGGUAUGUGGUAUUGAGGAAUAAGUCUUUAUUUUACAAAUAUUGAUGGAAAUACUGGAGCCAUUGUCUUUUGACACUUUCUGUUUAAAAUGUAAUUUAUUUGACAGAAAACAGUAUGAUAACAUGAUCAAAGCAAUCCCACAAUCUAUAAUUCAGAUGUAUUUCAACAUAGUUCAAAUAUAAUGUAACCCAAUGUCUUCCUAAGCUUUUGGUGAAUGGAGUUUCUUUAUAUAACUCCAUUUACCCAAUAUUACAAUUCGCAAAGCCUUUGUGAAGGAAUUAUAUCCUUAUUCUUCAAAUAAGGGUCUUGAUGCUAAUAGUUGCUCCUUUGAUGAGAUUGAAACAACAGAACAUCUAUUUGCCUAUACCUUUUAGGAGGAUUUGCAUUACUGGUUAUUUGGUAAAUUUAAAGAUUUACCUGCAGAAAAUAAUUUUUUGGGUAUUUUUAUGAAAGAUGAAACACUUGGCUUGGCAGUAAACACAUGUAUUAUUUUGGGGAAAUUCUUUACACAAGAAUAUAUUCAAGAUGAGAUGAGAUUGAACAACAGAUGAGCAACACAUUUUUCCUAUGGGUAGAUUCCUAAAAACACAACCAAACUUUUACAUUUUUCAUAAAGACAUUGUGUCAUUACUUCUUAUCACUAAAAUUGAUGAAGAAAAAGAAUGCCUUAAUCUUAUCUACUUUGAUAGAGGAUGUGAAACUUUCUGAAAACCCCUAGUCUUUUAUUUUAUUUCAUUAAUUUAUUUAUUUUAUUCAUUUUAUUUUUUAUUAUUUAUUUUUUUUUACCUUAUUUGUAUUUUCUAUAUUCUAUGUUAUGGUGCUUGUCUGUUGUCUGAGAAGACAUUUCAUAUGUUGUACCAGAACAAUCAUGGUAAUUAAUAUUGUUUUGAAAAAUCGUCAUAAGUCACUAUGAGGGACACAUGGUGCAGCUAUCUGAAUGUUUUUCGAUAGGCCUCAAGAGAUAAAAUUUGUAAAAAAUAAUUUUUAUAUUUUAAGUAUUAUUAAGCACUAGCAGUGUUUAAUUUCAGUAUAGUAGCCUAAUGUUGUAAUUGUACUGUUUAAUUGGUAUUUUCAGAGAUUUGUCUGAUUAUUACGAGUUUAUUGAAGUUGUGUAGUGUGCUUACUUUUUUAAAUAAAAUAAUUUGAUAACAAUGGUUUGAUAA